AUCAGGAGGAGUGCGCGGUCGCUGCAUCGGUCCGCCACUGGGCUUGGCGGGUCGUACACUGCUGCUCUGUCUCAGAUUGUUUUUUCCGCCAUAGCUCAGGCAACAGCCGAUUCAGCCAUAAUCUUCGCCGACCAGCCAGCCUGCUCAGCAGACCUCCUCCUGUGGGCGCGUCGCGAGGUCACCUUCGCCUUCUCCCUCCUCCGCCGCAACAUCCUCUGCUCUGCCGCCUCCCCCGGCGGCCUCCACGCCGCUUCCGAGUGCGUCUGCAUUUCCCUUGGCCACGCCCGCUUGCUGGAACCCCAAGGGAUUUGUCUCGCCCCUAUGCUGGGAGAACUCAUGCGGCCGAGUGUCAUGGAGGCGCUGGAGUUUAAUAUCCUGAGGAUCGAGGAUGCAGUGGUGUCGGUGGCUACGACCGAUGAGUGGCGGUUGGAAGCGGUGGAUAUGGGUGCGCCGGCGCUGAUGCGGCUGAGGGGGUGGGGGG